AAAUCCUCAUCGGGUCGCAGCCAUGGUGAACGUCCCGAAGACCCGCAGGACUUACUGCAAGAAGUGCAAGAAGCACCAACCCCACAAGGUGACCCAGUACAAGAAGGGAAAGGAUUCCCUCUAUGCACAGGGUAAGAGGAGAUACGACAGAAAGCAGAGCGGGUACGGUGGGCAAACAAAGCCAAUUUUCCGUAAAAAGGCCAAAACAACAAAGAUUUUUAAUUUGCUGCUAACAAAAUUAUUUGCUCACAUUUGCAGAGAUGAUCAAAAGACAGUGGAUGACUCCUGA